GACGCUGCUCCUCACGCACAAGGCCGAUACCAUCGGGCAAAUGUCAUGUAAUCCCUCCUUUGGUGGCAUUGGAAAGGGGCAUCUCAUGAGAGAAGUAGAUGCCCUGGAUGGGCUGUGUGCUCGGAUCUGUGAUCAGUCUGGAGUUCAUUACAAGGUGCUCAACCGGCGUAAGGGGCUUGCUGUGUGGGGUCUCCGUGCACAGAUUGAUAGAAAACUCUAUAAAGAAAACAUGCAGAAAGAAAUCCUUAACACUCCACUGCUGACUGUUCAUGAAGCAUCUGUAGAGGAUCUUCUCCUAUUGGAACCAGAGCCAGAUCGUCCUGGGAAAUGCCAAGUCAGUGGGGUCAUUCUAGGGGAUGGAAGCAGAGUCCAUGCUACGAGUGUCAUCCUGACUACGGGCACUUUCCUGAGGGGGAUGGUCUUCAUUGGAUUAGAGAUGCAUCCUGCUGGACGAUUAGGGGAUCAGCCUUCCAUUGGGCUGGCUCAGACCUUGGAGAAACUGGGAUUUGCUGUGGGGCGGCUGAAAACUGGGACCCCACCUCGACUGGCCAAAGACUCUAUUGACUUCAAUGUGCUGGAGGAACACACGGCUGACAACGCUCCUGUGCCAUUCAGCUUCCUCAGUGAGGCUGUAUGGAUCAAGCCAGAAGAUCAGCUCUCAUGCUACCGGACUCUCACCAAUGCCAAAGUGGAUCGAAUCAUCCAUGAUAACCUGCACCUGAACAACCAUGUACAGGAGACGACAAGAGGGCCCCGAUACUGUCCCUCUCUUGAAUCAAAAGUUCUGCGCUUCCCAAAUCGCAUUCAUCAGCUAUGGCUGGAACCUGAAGGUCUGGAUUCCAAUGUCAUCUACCCCCAAGGGAUGUCAAUGACUCUACCACAGGAGCUACAGGAGCAGGUGAUUGCCUGCAUCCGUGGCUUGGAGAAAGCCAAGAUGGUGCAGCCAGGCUAUGGGGUUCAGUAUGACUUUCUGGACCCCCGUCAGCUCAGUGCUUCCCUUGAAUCCCGUCUUGUUCAGCGGCUCUUCUUUGCUGGGCAGAUAAAUGGCACCACAGGCUAUGAAGAAGCUGCAGCUCAGGGAGUAAUUGCUGGGAUCAAUGCUGGCCUGCGGGUCAGAGGCAAGCCCCCUUUUAUCAUUAGCCGCACAGAGGGUUACAUUGGAGUCUUGAUUGAUGACCUCACCACCCUGGGUACCAAAGAACCGUACCGCAUGUUCACCAGCCGAGCGGAAUUCCGUAUGUCUCUGCGGCCUGAUAACGCGGACAGAAGGCUCACCCUCCGAGGGUUUGAGGAAGCUGGCUGUGUGUCCCAACAACGACAUGCACAAGCAUCUCGGAUGGAGGCUGCUUUAGAGGAGGCAAUUGCAGUGCUAAAAUCUCUUCAGUUCAGUGCCACCAAAUGGGCCAAGCUGGUUCCAGAGGCUUCCAUAAGCUCUGGUCGAACGUCACUCGCCAGUGCCCUGGACAUCCUUCAGUAUCCAGAGGUCACCAUGGAGCUUUUGGCACGAGUUGUUCCAGAGCCCCUGAAAAAGUUUGCUGAAUGGCGAGAACUGGCAGAGAGGUUGAAAAUAGAAGCUAUUUAUGAGUGCCAUGUAGCCAGCCAGCAACAGGAAAUAGAGGAGGUACGUCGAGAUGAAGCUCUCCAGCUGCCUGAGGAUUUAGAUUACUUUGCCAUUGAUGCAUCAUUGUCACAGGAAGUGCGAGAAAAACUAGACUCCAACCGCCCCCAGACGAUUGGAGCAGUCAGCCGUAUUCCUGGAAUUACACCAGCCGCCAUCCUUAACCUGCUGAGAUUUGUGAAGACCAAUAAGCAAAACACAGAGCACAGAAGGAUUGGCAAGUCCUUACCAGAGGGAAAUGCUUUUGGGAAGAGUAAAUUUCAGAACUCAAGCUUGAGCUGUGCUUCAUGAGGAGGAACCAGAGAAUGGCUGUGUCAAAAUGCCUUCUAUAGACAGUAUGCAGAUGGAUAUGGCACACCUAGAGCCAAAAACCAUUGUAGCUGUCUCCUAUAUCUGUCAUCAGGUUAAGCUGAAGUCAGUAGCCCCAUGAACUCCUAGAGUGACCAGCAAUCUAAGUAGCUCAUCAGUAUGCCAUGCAUCUCAUGAGUUAAAAUAAAGUGGUGGUGGGGAUAUCAGGCAA